CGCCGAUCCGCCCGCCCCCGCCGGCCCCGGCCGUCCCGAGCCGCGGCCGCCCGAAUCUCGGAGGGAGGGGACGAGAUGGCGUCCAGGCCGCAUAACCAGAAAUCCAAGACGCUCGACAACAAAUACAUGCUCGGAGAUGAGAUUGGGAAGGGCGCGUACGGGCGCGUCUACAAGGGGCUCGACCUGGAGAACGGCGACUUCGUGGCCAUCAAGCAGGUCUCGCUCGAGAACAUCCCGCAGGAGGAUCUCAACAUCAUCAUGCAAGAAAUUGAUCUACUGAAAAAUCUUAAUCACAAAAAUAUUGUGAAGUAUCUUGGAUCAUUAAAGACAAAGAGCCACCUCCAUAUAAUUCUAGAGUAUGUGGAAAAUGGUUCACUUGCUAAUAUCAUAAAGCCAAACAAAUUUGGACCAUUUCCUGAAUCAUUAGCUGCCGUUUACAUUGCUCAGGUGUUGGAAGGCCUUGUUUAUCUGCAUGAGCAAGGUGUCAUACAUAGAGAUAUCAAGGGUGCAAAUAUAUUGCUCACGAAAGAGGGCCUAGUUAAACUUGCUGAUUUUGGAGUUGCUACUAAAUUAACUGAAGCUGAUGUGAACACACAUUCAGUGGUUGGAACCCCAUACUGGAUGGCCCCCGAGGUCAUUGAAAUGUCUGGUGUUUGUGCUGCAUCGGAUAUCUGGAGUGUUGGUUGCACUGUUAUUGAGCUACUGACAUGUUCUCCACCAUAUUAUGAACUACAGCCCAUGCCUGCACUGUUUCGCAUUGUUCAGGAUGUGCAUCCACCAAUACCAGACGGAUUCUCUCCUGAGAGUACUGAUUUUCUGCGUCAAUGUUUUCAAAAGGAUGCGAUACAGCGACCUGAUGCAAAGACAUUGCUGAUGCAUCAGUGGCUGCAAAAUUCGAAACGGCAGCCUGUUCGAUCACCGAGGCAUGUUGACGAGGAUGAUCCAGUCCCAAUUGGCUCACCAGGAGAGACACAAUCGGUCGUGGCUUCUGACAUUGAACAGGAUGAUAAAAGAAAAGAGCUGGUUUCUGAAUCUGCCAGACAUGGUAAAUCUGACGAGCUUAAUGAUGGAAAACCUGCCGAAAGCAGUAGUUCAAACACUGGGGAACUUAUGAACGAUAAUGUGGUUCCCAGUAAAGAUCCUACAUUGGGUUUUCAUGAAAAAGUAGCGUCGGAAUCUUCUUCUAGAAUUAGUGACUUAAAUGGUAAGGUAAUACAUGAACUGUCGCAAGAUGGUCUGCCAAGUGAGGUAGCUAGGAGCGGCCAAGAAUCAAAAAAAGGUGACAGUAAACAUUUAGAGCUUGAAGGUAAAGACCGUUCAAGUUUUGAAGAUGAUGACGCUUUCUCCUUCCAGGCUGGGAGACAGAAUAUCAAUUUCCCAAAGGAGGCAAAACCUUUAGUUGAGGGAACUAAUGGACUAAGUAGGUUCAGUGACACUCCUGGAGAUGCCUCUUUCGAUGAUUUAUUUGACAAGCGAGGAGAUCAUGGGGCUGAAGCUUCAACAUCUGCUACUGCCCAAGAGCUUCAGUAUAAUGGUCGACAAAAUGACCUUGCCAAGGAGCUCAAGGCUAGGAUGGCAGAGAAGCAGAAGGAAAAUGAAAAUGAGCCAAUGAAUGGUGGGAAGCUUCUUGAAUUUAUACGCUUUAGGGAUGGCGAUCUUGAUGGACAGCCCAUUGUACAGGAAUUUCACGACAACAUUCCAGGAGAGAAUCUUUUUCCUUUACAGUCUGUGGAAUACAGCAAAAUAGUAGCACAGCUGAAGCCCGGGGAAAGUGAAGAAGUAAUAUUGUCAGCAUGCCAAAAGCUUAUGCUGUUUUUCAACCACCGGCCAGAGCAAAAAAAGAUUUAUGUGUCACAGAACGGUUUCCUUCCAUUGAUGGAGCUUCUUGAACUCCCCAAAAACCGUAUUAUAUGCUCUGUUUUGCAGCUCAUCAACUACAUUGUAAAAGAUAAUACAGGCUUCCUAGAAAAUGCCUGUCUUGUUGGCCUUAUUCCAGUGGUGAUGAAUUUUGCUGUGCCAGAUCGUGCAAAGGAAGUCCGGAUGCAAGCAUCCUUUUUUCUUCAGCAGCUUUGCCAAGCCAGCACCUUGACGUUGCAAAUGUUCAUUGCAUGCCAAGGGAUCCCUGUAUUGGUUAGUUUUUUGGAGCCUGAUUAUGCAAAGUUCAGCAGGGAAAUGGUUCACCUUGCAAUUGAUGGCAUCUGGCAGGUCUUUAAGCUUCAGCAUUCAACUCCGAGAAAUGAUUUUUGUCGCAUAGCAGCCAAAAAUGGAGUACUUCUCAGGCUAGUCAAUACUCUCCAUAGCUUGAAUGAAGCAACACGAUAUGCUUCCAUCUCCGGGUCAGGUGUUUCAGUGGCACAGAAUGGUUCCACCCCCAGACUAAAAUCUGGCCAACUAGAUCUGCCAAUGCUAGAAAGUUCUAAAGCAAGGCUGGACCAUUACCAUUCAUCUGGUUCCCUGCAGUCUUUACAAGCAGAUGCAGAUAAGCAUAAUAUUUUAUUGGAACCUUCAGCAUCACCUAGGUUCAGCGAUAUAGCUGCUGCUGGUCACAUCGAUAGAAAUGAUAAUGACCUGGUUAGGCCACAAAGGCUUAGUGUUUCUGGAGGAAGGUCAUCAACAGACAGAUCUCCGAGGCAUAUAGAAUUAGUAUCAAAUGGGCAUAGUAGUGGUCAGAACGAUCAAAUCCGACCUCUACUGAGUUUGUUGGAGAAAGAACCACCCUCUCGGCAUGUAUCUGGACAACUUGAUUAUGUCCGUCACAUGUCUGGACUAGAAAGGCAUGAAAGUAUUUUGCCGUUAUUACAUUCAACGGAGAGGAAACCAAAUGGUGAACUUGACUUGCUAAUGGCAGAAUUUGCUGAGGUUUCUAGACAAGGAAGAGAGAAUGGUAACCUUGAUUCUAAUAUAAAAGGUUCCAACAGAGUUCCAAGUAUGAAGUAUGCAACAUCAGUCGGUCCAACAGCUUCCAAUGAGGGAACAUCCACAUCCGGAGCAGCAUCACAGACAGCAUCUGGUGUGUUAUCUGGAUCAGGAGUGCUCAAUGCAAGACCGCCAGGAAGUACUACAUCAUCAGGUCUAUUAGCUCAAAUGGUUUCUAUGAGUGCUGAUGUUGCACGCGAGUAUCUUGAGAAAGUAGCAGAUCUUCUUUUGGAGUUUGCACAAGCAGACACCGUUGUAAAAUCUCUCAUGUCUAGUCAAAGCCUUCUAGCACGCCUUUUUCAGAUGUUCAACAAGAUAGAAUCUCCUAUUCUUCUGAAGAUUCUUAGGUGCAUAAAUCAUUUGUCUGGUGACCCCAAUUGUUUAGAGACACUUCAACGCACAGAUGCUAUCAAGCAUCUCAUACCAAUUCUUGAACUUCGUGAUGGACCUCUAAUUUAUCAAAUACAUAGCGAGGUCCUCAAUGCUCUGUUCAACCUUUGUAAGAUCAAUAAAAGAAGACAGGAACAGGCAGCUGAAAAUGGGAUCAUCCCUCACUUGAUGAAAUUUGUCAUGUCAGAAUCACCCCUAAGGCAGUAUGCUCUGCCUCUGCUUUGUGAUAUGGCUCAUGCUUCUCGCAACUCUAGAGAGCAGUUGAGGCUUCAUGGAGGGUUGGGUGUGUACUUGAACCUGUUGGAGGACGAUGCAUGGGCAUGUACUGCUUUAGAUUCCAUUGCUGUUUGCUUGGCUCAUGACAAUGAUAGCAGAAAAGUAGAACAAGCCUUGUUGACGAAUGAGGCCAUCCAGAAGUUGGUGAACUUUUUCCGAGACUGCCCUGAACAGUAUUUUGUCCAUAUACUGGAUGCUUUUCUCAAGAUAAUCACGAAAUCAUCUCGGUUAAAUACGGCAAUAGCCACAAACGGAUUGACGACAUUGCUUAUUGCAAGGCUUGACCAUCGAGAAGCUAUUGCGCGGUUGACUCUGCUGAAACUAAUCAAGGUUGUCUAUGAGCACCAUCCUCGACCAAAGCAGCUCAUAGUGGAGAACGACCUUCCCCAAAAGCUACAAAACCUAAUCGAAGAGCGCAGGGAUGGGCAGCGUGGUGGUCAACAAGUGUUGGUCAAACAAAUGGCCACCUCGCUGUUGAAAGCAUUGCACAUCAAUACAGUCUUGUGAUCUCCGGCCACCUUGUAAUUUUCCUCUCAAGUUGUACAUGUUUACCCUGGAGGAAAAGGUUUUCUUUCUUUUUCAUCCUAGCUGUUGAUUUCCCUUGUCAUCAGCACCAGACAGCUUGUUGCACCUGCUCCCUCUUUUAUCGGGAAAAAGGUUCGAUGGUCUGGUGCAAGAUAAUGGGGUUUGUAAAUCCAUGCAUGGUUGCACUUGUUUGUGCUUAGCGUGCCUUUAGUGUAAUUGGUUUGUAUGACCUGUCUGAAAGUUUCAAUAGGACAGUUGGUGUAGACUUAUUUGUGUCAGCAUCUUCAGUUACUGAAAUUUUAACUCCAGUUUGAUUGUGUA